AUGAAUGGUCUUCGUCCAUCUUUAACCACUGAAACCCGAAGACAUUACCCAACAACAACACAAGAUCUUUUAAAACAAGUCAAAAUUGCUGAAGAACUCACGGCAUCAAGUACCAUCUUUGCCUCCAACUAUAUUGAUAAUGAUGAUACAACACCAUAUCAAACCAUUUCAACAUCAACAAAUAAUUUUAAACAUUCUUCUCGAGUUUACAAUGAGGAUUAUCAUUAUCAUAAAAAUCCACAACAUUGCUUAAACAAAAUUUCUAACUCAUCAUAUGAUAAUUCAUCCGAACGACAUCAACCAUCUCAUUUAACUUGUGAAAUACCUAAUAUUAAAUCAUCAUCAAAUUUUAUACCAUCAUUAUUAAAUAAUAAUAAUCCAUAUCAAAAUAAUAAUCAUGCAUAUCAAGACAAGAAUUUUAAACAACAACAACAAUCAUAUCAACGUUGUUUUAAAUGUGGUUCAUUCGAUCAUAUAGCUCGUCACUCAGAUGGUUUAACCUCAUUUAUUGUUACAGGAGUUGUACAUUUAAAUAUUUAUAUUGGUGAAAUUAAAACAAGUAUUUCUGCAUAUGUAACACCAGUAUUAUGUACCAAUCUCAUACUAGGUAUGAAUUAUCUUUUAAACUCAUCAAAUUCUCAAACAACAACAACAAAUACACAAUUAAAUACAAUUACAACACCACCUUCACCUAUUUUACCUCAACAAGUUAUUCUGAAUUUAUUAUCUCAUAUUACUUAUCAAGUCCAACAUGAUCAAAUUCAAUCAUUAUUAUUGAAAUUUCAAUCUACAUUUGAUACAAGUAAAUAUACAAUUGCACGAACAAAAAUAUUUCAUGCUAUUGAAACAUAUCCUCAUGCUCCACCUGUAUCAAAAAGUUAUCCGAGUAAUCUAACAACAAAUUCAGAAAUGCGAUUGAUUAUCAAUAAAUUAAUCACUGCUGGUCUUAUACGUGAAUCUAAAUCUUCAUAUGCUGCUCCUGCAUUAUUAAUAAAGAAGAAAGAUCAUAGUUGGAGAUUAAUUAUUGAUUAUAAGAAAUUAAAUUCAAUUACGAUCAAAGAUAAUUAUCCUCUACCGAACAUGGAAAUUACUCUUCAAACAUUAGAUCGUUUUAAAACAGCAUUUAUCACUCCUUUUGAUUUAUACGAAUGGAGUGUUUUUCCUCAAGGUCUUCGUAAUGCUCCUCCAAGUUUUCAACGUAUUAUGAACAAGGUAUUAUCAUCAUGUACUGAUUUUUCCUUGGUUUACUUAGAUGAUAUAAUCAUCUUCUCUCGUACUUAUGAUGAACAUUUAAUUCAUCUCAAACAGAUUUUAAAUGCUUUACAAUUACAUAAUUUAAUCGUUAAUUCAACAAAAUGCGAAUUAGUUAAACAAACAAUGGAAUAUUUAGGACAUGUAAUUAAUUCAACAACAAUUACUCCUUUACCUGAUAAAAUUAAAUCUAUUAGUUUAUUACCUGAACCAAAAUCAUUAGCUCAAGCAAAUCGUUUGAUAGGUGCAUUGUCAUGGUAUAGAAAAUUUAUUCCACGCUUUGCUAGUAUUGUAGCACCUAUUCAUGCAGUCACCAAUCUUACUAAAUCAAAUCGACACAAAUUUAAAUGGGGUUCUGAACAAUCUAAAGCUUUUCGUGAUUUAAAACAUUUAUUAAUAUCGUCUCCACUUUUUCUCAAUUUUCCAGAUGAUACACAACCUGUAUUAUUAUCAUCAUCACAAAAACGUUAUCAUCCUAUUGAACUUGAAGCAUUAGCCAUAUUCAAAUGCAUUAAUCGAAUGAAAUCUUUUUUAUAUGGUCGAGAUAUUAUUAUUUUCACGGAUAAUUGUUCACUUUGUAAAUAUAAUUGUUUGCCAGAUUAUCUUUCACGUCAUCCUAUUUCAUAUGAUGAUGAAUUGCUUGAUUCUGAAUAUGGAUUAGAAUUUCGCCAAGAUCAAUCAUCUUCUAUUCAAUUAAUUGGUGCCGUUGUUACAAGAUCAAAAGCAAAAGCAGCCGCUAAUGCUACUUCAUCAUCAUCUUCACCACCACAACAACAAUAA